AGUGGCACGUUCCAACUUUGAUGUCUGACGUCACAUGACUAGAGCUAACCAAUAGGCAAUCGCCAAAUACUGUAGAUGUUGACAAGCGAUAAAUAUGUCAUAAUUGUAGAAAAACCGAGAUAUAAUAAUAUUUAGCCUACCAGUCUGUAUAUAGCAUCAUCAAUCGUAACAAUAAACAACAGCCAAAGUGGAGUUAAAUAAAGAAGACAUGGAAACAUUACCAAUUACGUUGAUAGUGAAAGCGCCUAAUCAACAAAUUGAAGAUCAAACAAUCAAAUGUGAGCUGUCAUGGACUAUUAAUAAACUUAAACAACACCUGUCUGAAGUCUACCCUAGCAGACCACCAAAAAACGAGCAAAAGUUGAUAUAUUCCGGCCAACUGCUAAAUGACUCGGUCACAUUGAAAGAUGUUUUACGACAAUAUGAUGGUCAGGAGACUCAUACAGUACAUUUAGUUUGCACUCCAAAGCAUACGAAAACUCCAAGACAAGACUCUGUAAGGCAACCGGUUCAACCAACGAUGGGUAGUAGUAAUCCUUCGCCACAUGUAACACAACCUAAUAACUCCACAGAACAGAACGUUCCUAAUAUGCCUUGGGCCAAUGGUUCGAAUAUGGAUCCCAACCAAUAUGCAAUGCAAAUGGCUUGGAUGCAGCAAACAUAUCUACAGUACAUGACACAGUAUAUGCAGUUAGCUGCAAAUUCUUACGGAACUGGUCCAAUUCCCGCAACACAGCCAAAUGCCGCCGCACCCGAUCCGCAGCCCCGACAGAAUCCUCCAGAGCAACCAGCUGCCCAAGCUCCAGCAGCAGUACAAAGAGAUCCAGAUAACCCAGAAAGAGAUUGGUUGGAUAUGUUUUACAUGUUUAGCAGAUUGAUGGUCCUUUUCAGUGUGGUGUAUUUUUACUCAAGCCCAUUACGUUUUGUGUUUGUGCUUUUGUUGGGCUUCACUCUUUAUUUAUACCAAAUUGGAUUUUUCAGAAAUAUCAAUAAUAACAAUAAUAACAACAAUAAUGUUGUACCACCAGAACCAGUGCCACAACAAGAGCAAGCACCAUCACGACUAAUGAUUGUUUGGACAUUUUUUGCGACGUUUUUUGCUUCUUUGAUUCCAGAAAUUCCAAACGCAAUAUAACUAUCUAAGUGAAAGUAUGGGAAAGGGAAAGUUUGUUCAAAAUUUCAUUUCAUCUCUAGGUUUGACUCCAAAUUCAUAGUGAAAGAUUCCUUGGUUGUUUUACAGAUCUGCUGAUAUUAAUGUAAAUGCAAAUACCAAAUUAUCAUUAAAAUGUUUAUAUUACAUGUUGUAUAGCUUUUAAUGUACAUAUUAUAGCUUUAGAAACAAAUGUGAUUUAUAUGAUAAGUAUGUAAGUAUAUUUUUGUUUUAUUUAUAAAAAAUAUUUGUUGUAACAACCAAGUUCCAAUAAAGGUUUUUUAUUAUAA